CUGGAGGAUGAAAACAGGAGGCUCAGUUUGUGCUCCAGCAGCUCAGGAGAGAGAUGUGACGACACGCGCUGUGAUUUCAGGGAAGCUGUUUGGAUGAUCAUGGCUGGACUGGAAUGCAACAAAUAUCUGUGUCUCUUACCAGCAAAAUGGAGCUGAUUUUACCUGAAGACAUCUGACACCAUGAGGAUCAUGAUGUUGAGAAUGAAUUUCAUCAUUAUUUUGUGUCUCUCAGUCUUAUUGUUCUGUAACCAUCCCAUCUCAUCAGCUGAUGUUCAUCAGAGGUCAGUGGUAACCAGAGCAGCAACCCGCUCAGUGGCAAGGAUGGAUGGCGAUAUCAUCAUUGGCGCUCUGUUUUCUGUCCAUCACCAACCUGCGGCAGAGAAGGUCGCGGAAAGAAAGUGCGGCGAGAUCAGGGAACAGUACGGGAUCCAAAGAGUGGAAGCGAUGUUUCACACACUAGAUAGAAUAAACGCUGAUCCAAACCUUCUUCCCAACAUCACUUUGGGUUGUGAGAUCAGGGACUCCUGCUGGCACUCAUCAGUGGCUUUGGAACAAAGUAUUGAGUUCAUAAGAGACUCGCUCAUCUCCAUCCGUGAUGACAGAGAUGGACCAAAGUGGUGCGUUGAGGGAAAUCCUUUAGCUCAGCCGCCGGCCACCAAAAAGCCCAUUGCUGGUGUGAUUGGACCUGGAUCCAGUUCGGUGGCCAUUCAAGUACAGAACCUAUUGCAGCUGUUUAACAUCCCUCAGAUUGCAUAUUCAGCUACAAGCAUUGAUUUGAGUGAUAAAACCCUUUAUAAGUACUUCCUUAGGGUCGUGCCCUCUGACACUCUUCAGGCCAGAGCUCUCCUGGACAUUGUUAAACGCUACAACUGGACAUACGUGUCAGCGGUUCACACUGAGGGGAACUAUGGUGAGAGCGGGAUGGAGGCCUUUAAGGAACUGGCAUCUCAGGAAGGUCUGUGUAUCGCCCAUUCUGACAAGAUCUACAGCAACGCUGGGGAGAAACACUUUGACCGGCUGCUGAGGAAACUGCGAGAGCGUCUGCCUAAAGCUCGCGUGGUGGUGUGUUUCUGUGAGGGGAUGACUGUUCGUGGUCUCCUCAUGGCCAUGAGACGCCUUGGUGUAGCUGGAGAAUUCCUUCUCAUCGGCAGUGACGGCUGGGCGGACAGGGAUGAGGUCGUGGAGGGCUACGAGCAGGAAGCUGUGGGCGGCAUCACUAUGAAGCUACAGUCAGAGGAGGUCACGUCGUUUGACGACUAUUACCUGAAGUUACGGCUCAGCACCAACAAUAGAAACCCCUGGUUUGCUGAAUUCUGGCAGUAUCGCUUCCAGUGUCGCCUCCCGGGACAUCCACAAGAAAACACAAAUUAUAAGAAGAACUGCUCAGGUUAUGAAAGCCUGGAGGACAACUAUGUCCAGGACAGUAAAAUGGGGUUCGUCAUUAAUGCCAUCUACGCCAUGGCUCACGGUCUACACGAUAUGCAUGAGCACUUGUGCCCGGGUCACGUGGGACUAUGUGAGGCCAUGGACCCCAUUGACGGUAGCAAACUGCUGGACUUUCUCCUCAAGACCUCGUUUACUGGUGUGUCUGGAGAAGAUGUGUGGUUUGACGAAAACGGGGACUCACCAGGAAGGUAUGACAUUAUGAACUUGCAGUAUGUAGAGCCUGGAGUCUACGACUAUAUAAAUGUUGGCUCGUGGCAUGAAGGCGUUUUAAGUAUCGACGAUUAUAUGAUCCAGAUGAACCGCAGUGAGAUGGUCCGAUCUGUCUGCAGUGAGCCCUGCUCUAAAGGAGAGAUAAAGGUGAUUAGGAAAGGGGAGGUGAGCUGUUGUUGGAUUUGUACACCCUGUAAGGACAAUGAAUAUGUCCUGGAUGAGUUCACCUGCAAAGCCUGUGAGCUGGGAUGGUGGCCGGACCCAGAACUGCAAGUCUGUGAGCCCCUUCCCCUGCGCUACCUGGAGUGGAGUCAUCCUGAAUCCAUCGUCGCUGUCGUCUUUUCAUGUCUGGGCAUCCUUGUUACCAGUUUCGUCACCUUCAUCUUCAUACUGUACCGGGACACGCCAGUUGUCAAGUCCUCCAGCCGUGAACUUUGCUACAUCAUCUUGGCCGGCAUCUUCCUGGGUUACAUUUGCCCCUUCACUCUCAUCGCCCGUCCCACCAUAGUCUCAUGUUACCUGCAGCGCCUCCUCGUGGGCCUCUCGGCCUCCAUGUGCUACUCGGCUCUCGUCACCAAGACCAACCGCAUUGCUCGAAUCCUGGCCGGCAGCAAGAAGAAAAUAUGCACUCGCAAACCACGCUUCAUGAGCGCCUGGGCGCAAGUGGUGAUUGCGUUCAUCCUCAUCAGCGUGCAACUGACUUUAGAGGUCACGUUGAUCAUCUUGGAGCCUCCGGAGCCUAUCAAAUCAUACCCGAGUAUUCGAGAAGUAUUUCUAAUAUGCAACACCAGCAAUUUGGGCAUGGUUGCGCCAUUGGGCUACAACGGCCUGCUCAUUCUCAGCUGCACCUAUUAUGCGUUUAAAACUCGCAACGUCCCUGCCAACUUCAAUGAGGCCAAGUACAUCGCCUUCACCAUGUACACCACCUGUAUUAUCUGGUUGGCGUUCGUGCCGAUCUACUUCGGCUCCAACUACAAGAUCAUCACCACGUCGUUCUCCGUGAGCCUCAGCGUGACGGUGGCUCUCGGCUGCAUGUUCACGCCAAAAAUGUACAUAAUCAUCGCCAAGCCCGAGAGGAACGUACGCAGUGCGUUCACCACCUCCGACGUGGUGCGCAUGCACGUUGGUGACGGAAAAAUUGCUUGCAGGAGCAACAGCCUGCUAAACAUGUUCAAACGCAAGAAGAGCACGUCUGGAAAUGCCAAUUCUAAUGGAAAGUCUGUGUCAUGGUCUGAACCAGGUUCAAGACAUCCUCCGAAAGGGGAACACAUGUGGCACAGACUGUCUGUACAUGUGAAGAGGCAGGAAGCCGGAUCCAAUCAGACGGCUGUCAUCAAACCCCUAACUAAUACCUACAAUAACCCCGGCAUGGAGUUUUCCGAUUUAAGCACCAAGACUCUGUACAAUGUAGCCGAGGAGGACGAGGGCGACCCGAUCAGAUACAAUCCCUCGGGCAUCCCUCCUCUGAUGGCUCUCAGGCAGUCGCCUGUCAGCAAGCCUAUGAAGGAGGCGGGCGCCGAUAUGACCUUUUACACUCCCGAGCAACACGUGCCACAGAUAAACAGUGUUCUCCCUCAACAUGGUAUGGCAGAUCAAGAGGUGCUCAAGUUUAAUUCAAACAUGCCCGAUCUGGAUGAGAUCAUAAGCCUGCCUGAGCCGGGCGAUGGGGUGAUUUUGCCUCUUCAACCCCAAAUAUUGCACCCGCAUCCUAUUUUACCCAUGCAACUGGGCUCGUACCCGGACGAACCCACCUCCCCUUUGGAGGAGGUUGAAAACGAACAGUUCGGGCUUCUUCACGGCUACAUGUAUGACAAUGCGCAGAUUCACGACGAGGAGGAGUUGGUGCAAAUUAAAAUGGCAAUGGAGGACUCCGUGGCCCUCAUGCCGCCUUCUCCGUUUCGGGAUUCGCUCGGCUCGGGCAGCCCUAUUCCCAACUCCCCCGUGUCCGAGUCUAUCUUAUGCACGCCGCCGAGCGUGACGUACGCGUCUGUCAUUCUCAGAGACUAUAAGCAAAGCUCCUCGACCCUUUGAAAUUUAUUUUAGGAGAUCAUGUCAGCUCUAGCUUUGUGAAAUAAUAGCUAUGGUACUAGUUUGUGCAAUAAUGUGACUUAAGUUGUCUGCACCGGAGAGCUUUAAUAUUAUAUUUGAUUGAUUCAAAGAGACAGUAUGGAAGGGAAUGUGUGUUCCUGGGUCCAAAAUUAACACUUGCCAAAUGCUAAAUGUAAGCAUAGUUUUGUUGUACAUCUUUCACUUUUCACAUAAGCAUGGAGAGCCAUUGUUGUUUUAUUGUCAUUGCUAUACCAUUUUAGCUUCUUGUUAAUAUUCUAAAUUGUGUUUUAAUUUUUAUUUUAUUUAUUAGUUAAUUUAUUUACAUUUAUUUCAGUUUUAGUUUAUUUUUUAUAAAAUAUUUUGGUAACACUUUACAAUAAGGUAUUAUUAGUAAUGUUAGUUAAUGUAUUCAUUAACAUGAACAAACAAUGAACAACAUUUAUUACAGUAUUUAUUAAUCUUUGUUAAUGUUAGUCAAUGAAAAUUUAGUUGUUUAUUGUUAAUUCAUGCUAGUUCACUAUGCAUUAACUAAAGUUAACAAGCACAACUUGUGAUUUUAAUAAUGCAUUAGUAAAUGUUAAAAUUAACAUUAACUAAGAUUAAUAAAUGCGGUAGAAGUAUUGUUCAUUCUUAGUUCAUGGUAGGAAAAAUAGCAAACUAAUGUUAACUAAUGAACCUUACUGUAAAGUGUUACCAAUAUUUUUAUUAUUUAUUUAUAUUUCAUUUAACUUUCCCUUAACAGCUUUUGUUGUUGUUGUUACUUUUAGUUAUCAGAUUGUCUGGUAAAUUCAGUAAAAUUAAAUGGAAAGUUAAUUGAUACACUUGAUAUAGUAUACGUUUGAUAUACUAUAUUAGUUUUUAUCUACUUGUACCAUUUUGUAUUAGUGUUAAUUUUACAGUUUUAAUUUGAAAGUCUUUGUAAUGUUGUGAAUUUAUUUUUUUUUGUUGUUGUUCUUUAAAUGUCUAUAUACUGUAGCUUUUAUUGAUUAUUUUAAUUUUAGUAAAUUUAGUACAUUAGAGUUGCACAAAACUAAAAUUGUAUGUCGUCUUGAGAACCAGCUGGGAAAAAAAUUAUUAAUUAAUUAAUUUAUUUAUUUAUUGUCCCAUUAAAAUGAUUAAUCGCAAUUAAUCACAUCCGAAAUUAAAAGGUUUUUGUGUACAUAAUAUAUGUGUGUGUACUGUGUAUAUUUAUUGUGCAUAUAAAGACACACAAAUACAGUGUAUAUUUUGAAAAUAUUUACAUGGGUAUAUUUAUAUUCAUAUAAUUUAUAUUAUAUAUAAAUAUAUUUAAUAUAUAAACAUAACAUACUUUCUUAAAUAUAUA